AUGGAACUGUCUGGCGACGAGUUGAACGACCCGAACAUAAUCUACGGUGGUCCUCUGCCCGAGGAUUUUAACCGCGGUUGUGCCUCGCUGGGAGAACUGGUCGUGCGCGAGUUCAGCAAGGUGCGCGAGAAGGUAGCCCUGAUCAGUGGAAUUAGCACUUUGCAGUUAACCUACGGUGGCCUAUUGGAACAGUCGUUAGCUUUGGCUGCCUAUCUGGAAGAGCAAGGUGUUCGGGAGAGCGACGUGGUUGCCCUGAUCAGCGAGAAUCGUUUUGAGUUUCCGGUUGUGGUGUUCGCAUUGAUCUACCUUGGAGCUACUGCAGCUCUGUUCAAUCCCGGUUAUACAGAACGUGAGUUUGAGCAUGCUUUUAGAUUGGCGAAACCGAAAGUUAUCUUCGCCUCAGCUCGAGCCUAUCUGCCAGCGCAGAAAGCUAGUCUGCGAAUUCGUCGACCGGUGAAAUUCAUCUAUCUGGAUGAUAACGGUAGGGGGCAAACGUUGCAGAAAUGCUUGGAGGAUUCCAGCAGAAAAUUUAAAGCCGAUAGUUUUGUACCCAAAGCUGUGGACAUCAAGAACCAGGUCGCACUAAUUGUGAUGUCUUCAGGUACUACUGGCCUGCCGAAAGGAGUUCAGAUUACUCAACGGAAUAUGAUGACGACAUUGUCGUAUACGCGAACAUUUUUGGAUACAAUUGGAAGCAAUCAAGAAGAAAUGGUAGCAGUUGACGUCAUUCCAUGGUUUCACGUAGCUGGGGGAGUAUCGAUGCUGAACUGGUUGGCCAAUGGAAUGCGAUUGGUUUUUCUGCCCAAAUUUGUCUCACGAAAUUAUUUGAGCUGCAUUCAACAAUAUCGACCGAACAUGCUGAAUAUGGUGCCACCGAUUGCAAUAUUUUUGGCAAAACAUUCCAUGGUUGAUCAGUUUGAUCUUUCUUCGGUGAAAACUAUCAUCUGCGGUGCGGCUCCGUUGAGCCGUGAGGUUGAAGAUUUGAUUCGAGCUCGGCUGAAUGUGACUUCGAUUCGACAAGCGUACGGGAUGAGUGAAACCACAUUGGCCAUUUUGCUUCAGCUGGAUGCGGAAAACAAACCGGGAAGUGUGGGUCGCGUCCGUCCGGGGCAGUGGGUUAAGGUGGUUGAUACGGAUAAUGACCGGACACUUGGUCCGUACCAAAAUGGGGAGCUAUGCUUUAAAGGAAGUCUCAUAAUGAAAGGAUACAUUGGACAGGAAAAGGCCAUCGAUGACAAGGGUUGGUUGCGCACCGGGGACAUAGGAUACUACGAUAACGGGAAGGAUUUCUAUAUCGUUGACCGGCAGAAGGAAUUGAUCAAAUACAAAGCAUUUCAGGUAGCACCCACCGAGUUGGAGGCUCUAUUGUUGUCCCACCCGGCGGUCAAGGAUGCCGCGGUGGUUGGCCUACCGGACGAUCGAGACGGUGAGUUAGCUACCGCUUUCGUUGUGCCAGCCGAAGGAGUGGCUGCUAAUGUGAAAGACAUUGCUCAGUUUGUGGACGCCCAGGUGUCGGUUCAGAAGCGACUCCACGGUGGAGUCAGAGUAAUUGAGGAGAUUCCAAAAACGGCGAGUGGCAAAAUUCUGAGACGCAAAUUGCGUGAAAUUCUCAGAAGUAAAUCCAAACUGUAAGAGUUGCGGUUGACAGGGGAUGUAUUAUUAUGUUUUUUCUUUGAUAUAGCCUCAU